AUGCCUCUGAGAAGGUCUCUAAGGUCGAACCUGCCCAUGAGAGAGUCCCUAAGGGCGACCCUGCUCAUGGAAGAGUUCCUGGGGGCGACCCCGCCCGUGGGAGGGUCCCUUGGGGAGAGGCUGCCCCUAGGAGGGUCCCUGGGGGCGCUUCAGCCCUUCAGAGGGUCCCUACCAAGCAUGCCAUAUGGUUCUUGGGGGCCCUUGGAAAGGUCCCUGGAGGAGGUGUCGCCCCUGGGAGGGUCCCUGGAGGCGCAGAUGCCCCCGGGAGGAUCCAUAGGGGUGCAGACACCCGUGGGAGGGAAGGUCGUUGGAGACGCCGACGCCCCUGAGAGAGUCCCUCAGGGCAAACCUGCCCAUGGAAGGGUUCCUGGGGGCGAACCGGCUCCUCGGAAGGUCACUUGGGGCGAGGCUGCCCCUACGAGGGUCCCUGGAGGCGCUUCUGCCCUUGGGAGGGUGCCUACGAGAGUCCCUGGAAUCCCCGCCGUCCCUGUGAGGGUCCCUGGGGGCGCCACCACCUCUGUGAGGGUCCCUGGAAGCCCCGUCCUCCAUGUGAUGGUCCCUGGGGGCGCCACCUCACCUGUGAGGGUCCCUGGGAGCCACGCCGUCCAUGUGAUGGUCCCAGGGAGCGCCACCACCCCUGGGAUGGUUCCUGGGGGUGCCGUGUCCAAUGGAAGGCUCCGUGGCGUCGCCGUUGCCCCUGGGGCACUGCCACCCAAGGGAGGGUCCCUGGGGGCUCUGCUGCCUCUGAGAGGAUCGCUGGGAGAGACAGACCAGUAG